AGUAUUUAUCUGUCAUCAUCCAUACCUCUCUUGAUUGUAAAACUUGUUUAUAAGAGAGGGAUCACUUUUAUACAAAGAAUAUAUCACUUUUAUACACAGCAGAGGGAUCACUUUUAUAGCUGAACGUACCUUUGGUUUUGCACAUACAAUGAAAAAAUCGGACAGGUAGCCAAUGACCGUUUUCCAAUGGUAAUGAUUGAGAAAGUUCUUAAUAAAGCAAAAGGAAACAUAUAAUUUGUACUCACACAUGUGGCGGAGAUGCAGUGUGCUCGAGAAGUAGGCAAAACACGAUGGCCAGCGCUGGUGGUAGCGAGAAAUCAAUUUUUUAUUUGCGCGCAGUGAAAAUAACGCUUUUACUCUUCGUUAUUUCUGUUAAGUGCGAUACUACGAAAUGUUUAGAAAACGGAAAAUUCUAUAGAAAUCUCGACUCGUCCGACUCGAACUCAGUGUGGACCGUAGAAAAAUGCUCUAAAUAUUUUUUGUGUCUAGAAGGGGAGGUGUUUGAAUUUCGAUGUUCUUCAGGUCUUGUUUUCGAUGUUGACAAACAAAUUUGCGAGGAUAAAACCAAAGUUAUAAACUGUAAUAAAGCGACUACAGCUGAGGUUCAAGUUUCAAGAAAUCCGCAACCUUCCAGCUCUAACCAAGCUGAAAUCAUUACGUGCGAAAAGAAAAACCACAAGUUUUGCAAGGAUAAGGAGACCUGUAUUCCGAUCGAUUAUUUUUGCGACGGAUCGAACGAUUGCCCUGAUGGAAGCGACGAAACUCACUGUGAUCACGCCAAAAAUUUUAGAGGUGCUCAAAUUUGCGAUAGCGCAAAGUGCGCUUUGCCCAAAUGCUUUUGUUCGCUAAAUGGUACCGAAAUACCGGGUAACUUGCAUCCCAGUGAUGUACCGCAAAUGGUACUUUUAACGUUUGAAGACGCUAUAAAUGAUGAAAAUAUCGACCUAUACCAAAAUUUCUUUGGCGGCAAAUAUGUUAAUCCCAACAAUUGUCCGAUAAGAGCUACGUUUUUUGUCAGUCAUCAGUAUAACAAUUAUUUUUACACGCAAAAAUUGUGGAACAGAGGAAACGAAAUUGCAGUUCACUCUGUAACUCAUAAACUUCCUGAAGAAUGGUGGUCAAAAAAUGCAACCGUCGAAGAUUGGUUCGACGAAAUGGUGGGAGAAGCUAAUAUUUUAAACAAAUAUGCCGGUGUAAAACUGUCAGAAAUCAGAGGUCUUAGAGUACCCUAUCUUAGAAUAGGCUGGAACAGGCAGUACCUUAUGAUGAAGGAGUUUGGAUUCCAAUACGAUAGUUCUGUGGUGGCUCCAUAUUCGUAUGUGCCUUUAUGGCCUUACACCAUGGAUUACAAAAUGCCACACGAAUGUUUUAGACAAAAUUGUCCUACAAAAUCCUAUCCAGGACUAUGGCAAAUGGUGAUAAACCAGCUAGAAGCCACCGACAUUAGUUGUGCCACUUUAGAUUCCUGUCCUCCUCAAUUGACAGGCCAAGAAAUCUUGACCACCCUCAUCAGGAAUUUUAACAGAUUCUAUUCGACUAAUAAAGCGCCUUUCGGCAUCCAUUUGCAAGCUGCCUGGUUCGAAAACAGCGAAUAUUUAGCAGCUUUUGAGAUGUUUUUGAGUCAUAUACUGUCAAAACCGGAUGUUUGGUUCGUGACAAACUCACAAGCGAUCCAGUGGAUGAUGAAUCCGACACCUGUCAAGAAACUGCUCAAAUUUGCACCGUGGAACUGUCAGAAAAAGCUGCAGGCUUCGGGUUGCGAAGAACCCAACACUUGUUAUCUUUUCGAUGAGAAUUUACAGGAAAAACUCGAGUUUCAAACCUGUUAUCCGUGUCCAAAGAAGUAUCCGUGGAUUAAAAAUGAAUUUGGAGUUGACUGAAGUUAUUAUUCCAUCAAAAAUUCUAAGAUUUACGACGACACUUCUAUAAUUCCAUUUUAUUUUAUGUAUUAUGUUGCAUUUGAAUAUUUUAUUCAAUUAUUUAUAGCUGAUGGACUGUAUAAAAUUUGUUCUCAAUUCCAA